AUGAAGCAUUAUUUGAGCCUGAUUUUAUUUCAUAGUGCCGCCAUGAGCGCGUGUGGAUCAUGUGGGCGAUGGCAGCAGGCGCUCUUGCUGCUCAGCAAAUUAUUGGGAGUGCGGCUGAGGCCAGACGUAAUCGCCCUCAAUGCCGCGAUAAGCGCGUGCGAGAAGGGAGAGCAAUGGCAGCAGGCGCUGUUGCUACUUCGAGACGUAAGUGAACUGAGACUAGAACUGAACGCCAUUGGGUGUAGCGCUGGAAUCAGUGCUUGCGGGAAAUGUGGGCAGUGGCAGCGAGCUUUGUCGCUGCUCGACGAGAUGCGGGAGGCGAGUUUGGAGCCCACUUUGAUCAGCUAUAAUGCUGCAAUCAGCGCGUGCGCAGAAGGCGAACAGUGGCAGCACGCACUACUGCUGCUCAGUGAUGUGCUCGAGGCGAAUCUGGAAGUGGACGUAAUCGGCUGCAGCGCUGGAAUUAGCGCGUGCGGAAAUGGUGGAGCUUGGAGGCAGGGUCUGUCGCUGCUCCGCCACAUGCAGGGAGCACAGUUGGAGCUGGGCGUCGUCAGCUACAGCGCCGGAGUCAGCGCAUGUGACAGAGCUGGCCAGUGGCAACAGGCGCUGAUGCUGCUCAGAGAGAUGGGAGACGUCAGAGUGCAGCCCAACGUGGCGAGCUACGGCGCGGGGAUCAGCGCGUGCGAAAAGGGGGGCCAGUGGCAGCAUGCGCUUUCGUUGAUCAGGGGAGCUCGCUCGCUGCUGGACGUCGGCUGCUUCAAUGUCGGAGUCCAAGCAUGCGGAAGAGACGGACACUGGCAGCAGGCGCUGCUGCUGCUCAGUGAGCUGCGGGCACUGCGGCUGGAGCCCGACAUCGUCAGCUACAGCGCUGCAGUGAGCGCGUGCGGAAACGGCUGGCAGUGGCAGCGCGCGCUUCUUCUGCUAGCUGAGAUGGUGGAGGCUAAAGUGGAGCCAGACGCCAUCCUAGGGAGCCCCAAGGAACGGGUGAAACGCGCACACUAA